AAACUUUCGUAAGCACGCUGAUCAUUAUCGCUCCUCCCUUGGUGAUCUGCUGUCGAGUGUCGGGUAUAUAUACAGACAGUAAUAAGAGAUGAACAUGAUGCUCUAUUUCUUGACUCAGCAUCUGUCACUCAUUGGCUUACAAUACAUAAGAUGUCCUGUGUUGCAAUCACCGGGAAGACAUACGUGGAAGAGCCACUGCAAUGCCACAACAUUUCAGUUGUAAAGAAUAAGGACUUUCACUUAGUUCAAGUCAAGGGCACAUGGAAACGCAAAACGGGUAAUAAUUGUAAUAAAAACUUGAAGGGUCAAGUAUCAGAUGCCAAAAUCUAUGAGAGCACCACGGAGCAAGGCACCUCCUGGACAGUGGUCAGUCCCAUCAUCUUCACCUACAAGGUGAUUGAGACCCUGGGCCUGCUGGACCCCAGCAACGACACCCUGCUCCUGGGCCACAUCAGGGAUCCCCAGCAGCAGGAGGCCUUGAGGAGCAGCAUCAGCAGCAAGCCCCUCAGACGCUUCGUGGUCAUGGACCAGACCGUCUACAACCUCUAUGGCUGCCAGCUCACAGACUACUUUGAGGCCCGUAAUGUUCUCUACAGGAUCCUGCCCCUGCCCACCACCGAGGAGAACAAGUCCAUGGAGUUGGUGAUGAAGAUCGUGGAGGAGGUCCAUAAAUUCUCCCUGGACAGACGCACAGAGCCCAUCAUUGCUAUUGGCGGAGGGGUCUGCCUGGACAUCGUGGGCCUGGCGGCUUCCCUCUACAGGAGACGCACCCCCUAUAUCCGUGUCCCUACCACCCUCCUCUCCUAUGUCGAUGCCAGCGUGGGGGCAAAGACUGGGGUGAACUUUGCCAACUGUAAAAAUAAGCUGGGUGGCUACAUACCCCCGGUGGCUGCUUUUCUAGACCGCUCCUUCAUUCAAACUGUUUCUCGAAGACACAUCUCCAAUGGGCUGGCCGAAAUGUUAAAGAUGGCUUUGAUGAAACACAGAGGGCUCUUUGAGCUUUUGGAGACCCACGGCCAGUUCCUGUUGGACUCCAAGUUCCAGUCUGACAGCGGUCUUCAGGGGGACAACAAAGACGCUGCCUCCGUGUCCACACGUGUGGCCAUAGAAACCAUGAUAGAGGAGCUGGCCCCCAACCUGUGGGAGGACGAUUUGGACAGACUGGUGGACUUUGGUCACCUUAUCAGCCCAGAGCUGGAAAUGAAGGUGCUCCCAUCCUUACUGCACGGAGAGGCGGUGAACAUCGAUAUGUCCUACAUGGUGUACGUGGCCCGUGAGAGAGGCCUCAUGACGGAGGAGGAGAAGCUGCGGAUUAUAGGCUGCAUGGUGGGGCUGGAGCUGCCUGUUUGGCAUCAGGACGUUACCUUGGCACUGGUGCAGCACUCACUUUGUGAGAGGCUGAAGCACUCUGCUGGACUAGUCAGGAUGCCUCUACCCAUUGGCCUAGGGCACGCAGAGAUCUUCAAUGACACGGGUGAUGAAAGCCUGUACAGAGCGUUUGAGAAGUGGUGUGAUGAGCUGCGACCACAGUGACCUGAACUGGUCCAAAUACUUUGUAUUGCUGUAGAUGAUUUAUUUGGAUUGAUUGAAAUUAUUGAAACAAGGAUGUGUCUUUGCAUGACACAUUGGCACAGAUAUCUGGAAUGCUCAACAAUUUUUCAUAGUUGUAGAUUAUAUUUGUAGGUGCUGUUGAUUUUUCAGGUUGACUUGAUUUGAUUGAAAAUUGCAUGUCCUGUCUUUUCAUAUUGAACAAUACCAACCCCUCACAGUUUUAAUACUACAUUACAAAAAGGGAGUUUCAUCAAAACUGUAUGUUUUAUGACUUUUAUUGCUAUUGAUGUUUUUGAUAUCACUUUUUUUGUCAAUUAAAUAAUGUCUAAGAACUUCAUAAUUGUGUCUUAAAAACAUAAUUAAACAAUUUUUUUAAGCACAAUGCACUUUAACAUUGUACAAAAUAUGUAUAUUGAGGCUCAGUAAAUGCAUUUUAAACGACCCCUAACUUUUCUGAAAUGAAAGGCACUUGUUUCAGAGCUCCACUGAUACUAAACUGUAUAAUGUUACCUGCCACCUAAGAUAACACAAUGAUAGACAGUACAAAAAAUCACUUCAUACCUCUGACCCUCGUACACGGGUCCAGCAACCACAUGAUUUAGAGCAAGUAGAGAAUUGAGUUGCACAACACAAUCAAUAAUAACAUUAAUAUUAAGGUUAGGUCAGAUAAGGGAAUGUGUUGGUUACAUUAACUACAGUAUUUACAAAUUGGCUAUUUCCUACAGUCAACCAUAUAGUGGUCUUAUGGAAAGUUCUAUUAGGAAUUAAUAUUAGGAAUUAUAAAGUUAUAUUGGGAUAGUAUUUCAGCAGUCUGACAUACAAGAACAAUGGUGGCAGGUGCUCCUACUGAGCUAAAUGUCAUUCGUUGAACUGUGCACAAUAUUAUCUUCAUGUGCAUUACAAGUUUGUAUGGGAUAAGAGCAAAGAUGUAAAUUAUAUGGUAAUAGCCAGGGGAAUGAAAAUAAAAUGGAUUCACUUAAUUUAAUACUUAAUUAAAGACCUACUUUAAAAAAACAAAAUGUUUAUAUUUACAGUGUUGUUUUUUUACACAUAUCUUCACUUUAGCUAUCACCAUGUAGGAAACAAAAUAACAGAUGAAUUCAUUGUUUCUGCAAGUUAAUUCUUAUUCAUAAAUAAUAUUGUAGCUUUCAAACCAUUGCUUCUGAAUUUAAUUUAAGGGUAAGAAGUCAUUUCUCAUCUUAAAUGCUUAGUACAAUGUUAUAAUCAGUUAAUUGAACAUAUAUAAGUAUUCAACUAAAUAUAUAUUUCUGUAUGAUAUCAUAUAAUAAACAAAUGUUUUAAACUCUAAUUUAACAAGUCAUGAUAUUAAAAAAAUAUCAAAAUAUUA